AAAAAAUCCAAAUCAGAAUUAUUCACUUUCAUCAUGAUUUUUCUUCCUGCUGCCAACAAGUCUUCUCUUUCCAUGUUAAAAAUGAAUCUUGAUUGUUCACCUCUCAAUUGCAUUAAGCUGCAUGAAAUCUUUCUAUUUUUCCCUCUGGGCCUGCAAAUCAGUUCAUUGUGAUGAUGGCUUACCGUUUUAGGCUUCACCUAGAAGAAGUCCCAAAACCUUUUCUUUUCCUAUUUAUUCUUUCUUUUCACCCAUCAUUUGAAGUAACCCAUUAAUCCUUUUUUCCCUCUCACCAUCACUCAAACUCUCAUUUUCUUCCCCUGAAGAACAAACAACAUUUUCCAUCACAUAUUAUUCAACCACAUAAAAACAUCAUUUCACAUCAAGAUUCAAUCUUCUAAAAUAAAAAUAUAAAACAAAAAACACAAAAACAUUCUUUAAACCUUGUUCCUUUUUCUCCUCUAACCAUCACUCAAAACUCUCAUUUUCUUUUUUUCCGAUCAAGAUUCAAUUUUUUUUUUUUCUCCAAACAAAAACCCACAUUUUUUUUUUCAAUAAAAAGACAAGAUCAUCAUGGUUUCACAAGACUCACCACCCAACUCCACAAGCUCCAGCAUCAUUCACCAAUUCAUCAUCCCAAACUCCAUACCCGACCAAACCCACUUUCCAAACGACCCGUUCGGCCCAUACCCGGCCACGGCCCACCCAAUUUCCAACAUUGGCCCUUACCACCAUCCGGACAUGACCCACGAGGGGCGCCUAAUGGACCUUCUCGGCACCCCAAAUCCCGCCCAAAGGCUCUCUUUAUCCCUGGGCUCCGGCCCAUGCAGCCAGAUUCGGCCCAUUAACCCGACCCAUCUAAAUCCCGGGCCCGAUACCCUGCUUAUGGGGGAUUACUCCUUCUCGGGGAUAAUCACCGACAACAAUCACCACGAUCAGUCGUGCUCGACAUCGUACGGCCAGGAAUCGUUCGCCGAAGUUAUUGGGAGUUCGAAGUAUUUAAGGUCGGCCCAAUCGCUCCUUUUGGAGAUGGUCAGUGUUGGGGGUGAGGAGAUCGAGGCCAAAAAUCGGAAGUAUGCCCACAAGCUGUCACGGGCCAGGCGGAAAGGAUGUAUUGGGCUCCAACCCAAUCUCCAGCCCAAGUUUUCGGAUAGCGAGCUGUGUGUUUGCCUUCUCAAGCUUCUUGCUUUGCUGGAGGAGGUGGAGAGAAGGUACGAGGAGUAUUAUGAUCACAUGGAGGAUUUGGUGACGUCAUUCGAGAUUAUAGCGGGUUUGGGCUCGGGUCGCUCGUACACCGCACUCGCGUUGCAGGCAAUGUCCAAGCACUUUUGCACACUGAGAAAGGCUAUCCUGUCUCAAAUUUGGGCUGCUCAGCAGAAGAUGGAUAAGGACGGGCCCAAAUUCAGCUCGGGAUUGUCUGGGCUGAGCCUGUUGGAUCAAGAGGGCGGCGGCCAGAAUCGAGUCUCGCUCCAGCAGAUUGGGCUUAUGCAUAACUCGCGCCAGGCCUGGAGGCCCAUCAGGGGAUUGCCGGAGACAUCCGUCACCAUUCUUCGCGCUUGGCUUUUCGAGCAUUUUCUGCAUCCUUAUCCUAAUGAGUCUCAAAAACUCAUGCUAGCAACACAGACAGGCUUAUCAAAGAAUCAGGUUUCUAAUUGGUUUAUAAAUGCCAGAGUUCGAUUGUGGAAGCCAAUGAUAGAAGAGAUGUACAAAGAAGAAUUUGCUGAGUCCUCCACCGAGUCGGACCAACCGUUGGAAGCAGGCGGGGAUUCUUCCGAGGACUUAGUUUGAAAAUAUAAAUUCUGAUGCUUUUGAACAAAAACAUAUUACAAAUUGUUGUGCUCAAACUAUAUUUUGUUCUGGUCUUUGUAGCUGUUGGCUGUUGCUGCUCAAAUGAAAAUGAUUUGGGCAGUUAUGUUAAGGUCUAGGACUAAACCAAGGUGUAGUUUCCUACACAAUACCUGCUUAAUUUUCCCAAUUGAUCACUUGAUAAUUAAAUGUUUCAAAAUCAGUUAAAUAAAAUUCGGUUUAAACUGAUUUUUUUAUGAUUAAAUAU